AUGAACUCAACAAAUCCAGCAAGUGUUUUAGGUUUUGGUACGUGGAAGCAGAUUGUAGAUAAAUUCUUAUACUGUGCUAACUCUUCAAAGCAAACAGGAGGUUCGAAGAAAAUUAAAGAAGCAAACCUUCCACCGCACACUCAUACAGGAACUACAAACACAACAGGAAAUCAUUCACAUUCAAUAACAAAAAGAGGUUAUACAAAUCUUGCAGCAGGUUCGGAUAGACAGGGAAUGCAUAGAUAUGAUAUUUCAAGUGACCCAGUAGAUUCAAGCGCAGGUAUUUUCUGUGGAACCGCAGGAAAUCAUGUCCAUACUUUCACAACAAAUCCAACAGGCUCGGGUGCAGAUUAUAUGCCACCAUUUGUGACUGUAUUCGCAUGGUACUGCGUUCAAUGA